AUGGCUCUUGUUUCAGCUGCUCCGGUACUCGCUCUACUUGAGGAGCCUGACUACAAUCUUAAGGAAUAUGCUCUCAAAUCUUUAGAUGAAAAUGUUGGACAACUAUGGGCUGAAAUUGCAGACAACAUUUCUCAAAUUGAAGAAUUAUAUGAAGACCCUAAAUUUCCUUCUCAAAAACUAGCUGCUUUGGUAGCAUCGAAAGUUUAUUAUAAUUUAGGGGAAUUUGAAACCUCAAUGAAAUAUGCACUUGUUGCAGGUGAUUAUUUUGAUAUAAAUCAAAAGUCUGAAUAUGUUGAAACAAUUGUUUCUAAAUGUAUCAAUCAUUACAUUUCUUUGGCUCAAGGUAUUCACGAUUGGUCAAAUAAAGAAAAAAACUCCUCCGACCAAAGCUCUUUGACUAUAGAUCCUGCUUUAACUGCAAUUGUUGAAAAAAUGCUGCAACGCUGUGUUAAAGAUUCCGACUUUAAUCUAGCAAUUGGCGUUGCGCUUGAUUCUAGAAGACUUGAUGUCAUUGAAGAUAUUAUUGAAUCUAACCUUCAAAAUCAAGAAGAAGCAUUGGAUCUGAUCAACUAUGUUUUGGAUUGUUCAAUUAAUCUUGUAAAUGUUCGCGAGUUUCGAAACAAAGUCUUAAGAAGCUUGGUUCCGCUUAUCACUAGCUUAAAAGAACCUGAUUAUUUUGCAGUAUCAAAAAUUAUUGUUCAACUUAAUGAUUCAAGCAUUGCAAUUGAUUUAUUUAAUGAUCUUUUGAAAGAUGCAUCUAAUGAAGAUAAGAGACUUAUUGCUUAUCAGGUUGCUUUUGAUCUUGUGGCCUCUGCUUCUCAAGAACUUCUUGAAAAUGUUCAUUCUCAAUUUGAAAAACAGACUGGAUCUGAGGAAUAUGCAAAACUUACUAAAAUUCUAUCAGGAAUUCCUACAUGUGAUUAUAAUUUAACAUUUUUAAAAAAACACAUGAAUACAGAUAUGUCUAUUUUGAAAAAGACAAAAACCUUUUUGGAUGGCCGCAACUCAAUAUUCCAUUCAGCAGUUACAUUUGAAAAUGCAUUUCUUCAUGCUGGCACUACAACUGACACUUUUUUCCGAACAGACUUGGAGUGGCUUGGUAAGGCAACUAACUGGACGAAAUUUUCGGCUACUGCGGCUCUUGGUGUUAUUCAUCAGGGAAAUCUGACUCAAGCCCGCAGAAUUCUUAAUCCUUAUUUUCCUGGUACUCCUCAUGGCUCUUGUUACACACAAGGAGGUAGUCUUUAUGCUCUUGGCAUUAUCUUUGCAGGUCAUGGACGUGAAGUGAUUGACUAUCUUUGUACUCAAGUUGUUGAUGGUAGUAGUAUUCAGGGUCAUGAGGGAGAAGUAGUUUUACAUGGUGCUGCUCUGGGUCUUGGUGUAGCUGCUAUGGGAUCUGGAAAUAUUGACAUUUACGAAAAACUUCGAACCGUUUUAUAUUCGGAUUCUGCUAUUGCAGGUGAAGCCACUGGAUUAGCUAUGGGUCUAGUUAUGCUUGGAUCGGCUUCGGAGACAUCUGUUAAUGAAAUGCUUCAAUAUGCGCAUGAGACUCAGCAUGAAAAAAUUAUCAGAAGCUUGGCACUUGGAAUUGCUUUGCUCAUGUAUGGUAAAGAAGAAGCAGCUGAUGCCUUAAUUGAACAGCUUAUUUCAGAACAAGACCCCAUUCUGAGAUAUGGUGGUGCUUUCACAAUUGCACUUGCUUAUGCGGGUACUGGAAACAACAAAGCCAUAAAACAGUUGCUUCAUAUUGCUGUUUCCGAUGCUAGUGAUGAUGUUCGUCGUGCCUCUGUCAUUGGCUUAGGGUUUAUUUUACUAAGAAACCCCACAGCUGUUCCUAGAAUGGUUGAACUUUUGUCUGAAUCACAUAAUCCUCACGUCAGAUAUGGAACCGCUUUGGCAUUAGGAAUAUCAUGUGCUGGCACUGGUUUGAAAGAAGCUGUAGAUGUUCUUGAGCCCAUGAUGAAAGAUUCAGUUGAUUUUGUUCGCCAAGGCGCUUUGAUUUCUAUUGCUAUGAUUUUAAUACAGCAAAAUGAGAGAACAUUUCCUGGUGUGAAGGCAAUUAAUGAAACCUUUGCCAGUGUGAUUCAAAACAAGCAUGAAGAUUCUAUGGCCAAGUUUGGAGCUGCUCUUGCGCAAGGUAUUAUUGAUGCUGGUGGAAGAAAUGUUACAAUUUCACUUCAGCAUAGCCAAACCAAUAAUCUUAAUAUGAAAGCCAUUGUAGGGUUGGCAAUUUUCACACAAUAUUGGUACUGGUUUCCUCUUACUCACUUUCUUUCCUUAUCAUUUACUCCCACUUCUAUAGUCGGAGUUAAAGAGGAUCUUUUUGUCCCCUUAUUUGGGUUCCAUAAUAGUGCUAAGCCUCGUUUAUUUGCUUAUCCCCCUAAGGUUGAGGAAACUAGUGAGAAGAAGCCUAUCAAGGUUGAGACAGCUGUUCUUUCGACAACAAAUCGUGCAAAGACAAGAGCUCGUAAAACUUCAAAGGCUACCGCCAAGCUCUCGGAGGACUCAAGAAAAGAUGAUACAGACGAAAAGAUGGAGACCGAUGAUACUAAAAAGUCUCUUUCGAGUGAGGAAUCUUCAAAAGAAGCAGAAAAGUCUGUGAACUCAAGUCGCCGUUCAAAUAGGUUAGAUAAUAUGUCCCGCGUUGUUCCAGCUCAAUUGAAGUUUAUUUCAUUUGAGGAAAACUCGCGAUAUGUCCCAGUUAGAAGACUUCGUGAAUCUGGAGGUGUCAUAUUAGUUAAAGACUUGACUCCUGAUGAGCCAACAGAACUGAUUGUCACGGUACGACAGAAGUCUGAGGAAGAAAGUAGUGAAGCUCCUCUACCUAAUCCUUUUAUUUACGAUGAUGAAGAUGAAAGUCAAGAAAAGUGA